AUGAUCGAUCGGCGUGCAUUUGAAGAACGCAAGUGCUACAGGCGUGAGCCAGACGAGAAGAUCCCUGACGUCCCCGAAGGGGAACACGAUCAACUUCCGGCUUUGGUGUAUGGUUUCGAGCUAAAGAGCAAAACAUGGCAAUCGUUCCGCGUUGAAGAGACUGUUGACAUCAGGUUUGACGAGAAAGCCUGGGACCACUUGGUUGUAGACGAUGACGUUAAAAGCUUGAUCAAGGGACUUGUCGAUGUUACUAACAAUGCUAACACAGCGCAGCACCUUAUGUCGGACGUUACCACAGGGAAAGGUGGAGGUUUCAUCGCGGCACUUCAUGGGCCGCCUGGAACCGGAAAGACACUUACGGCUGAAGCUGCUGCUAAACACCUCAAGAGGCCCCUGUACAUCGUCAGCUCCCCGGAACUGUCGACAACGUCUUCUAACUUUGAACACAACGCACUCGUUUUAGUUGCGUUAAAAGUCUUCGAGUACCAUCGCGGCGUGCUCUUCUUGACAACAAAUCGGAUUCAACCAUUCGAUGACGCCUUUCUUUCGAGCGAUCAAAUAUCCCGAGCUGGAUGCCUCGGCCCGGCUUACAAUCUGGUUAAAGUUUUCGAGCUUGCUGGGUGUGAGUGUCCACUGUGGGGCUCAGAGUCUGAAGGAUUCGUCGACGUCGACGGCAAGGAGCCACACUUUUAUGUCUCCCUCUCAGAUUUGGAGGCACUGGGGCAAAAGCCGUUCAAUGGACGAACCAUCAAGAACCUUGUCCGGACUGCUCAGGCGUUAGCACUCUCUGCGUAG